AGAUUAUAAACAUCAGUAUGAUUGUCCACAAGUCCAUGAAAAGCUUCGGGCCAGGGUUGAACUUUGAGCAGUGGACACCAAAGGAGCAGACAGAGCAGAGUUUUGUUGAUUUCAGUAGUCUGUACCGUCUAAACGAAACUAAAAAGAAGAAAAGGAGCAAGCUAGACGAUAUGGUAUCAGGGCAGGAUAUGGUGAACGGUAAGGAGAGGUGCUAUUUCCAGGAAAAGAAAUGCUUGACUGAAAUCCACAAUCGCACUGCGAUAGCCUCCAGGGCCUCACUGUUUGUAGCUCUGAAGAGGUGGAAAACGAAAGCAACUAAUUCAUACAAAGUUAAAGGAUACAGCACGCAGUACAAGUUGAGACUACAGAUAAACAAGGGCCACUAUUCUGUUAAACCACGGGAAUCUUAUCUCAACUACUUCGUAAAGAUAAGGGUUGCUCAGUACAGGACUGAGACGAGCCCACUCGAAGAAACAGUUUACUACAUCAUACCAAACUGGGACGAGCAGUUCGACUUUUAUCUCGACAGUUUGGACUAUCCUCUGGAACUUAAAAUUGUGGAGAGGGACAAGUUUGGGGACCAUUUUGUUGGGAGAUGUUCGACUGAUUUGUUUGAAUUUGGAGUUUGUGAGCCGUGUGUGGUAGUAAAACCUCUUGAGUGUAAGAGAGGAGUCGCCUCCAAACUAAACGGACAGUUGGAGUUCACUGUCGUUAUUGAGAAAGCUUCCGACGCUGACCACAGACAGUACGAGCUUGAGAAACAGGCGGAAGCAGCAGCUGCUAUACAGGCGGAAAAAGAAGAACGAGAGAAACGGAAGCGAGAGAAGCCAAAGAGAGAGGGUAACUCAGACGAAAGUGCUCAAAGUACUCAAAGUACUCAAAGCAACAACUCAAAUUUCCAGAUAAUAGAUUAUCCUGACUCUGAAAAUGAGAGGGAACUACCAAGUAGCAGCUCAGCGGGGAACGAGCCCUCUACAAGUCAGACAAGCAGUACCAGAGGGAAGCUCAAGAGAGAGAAAACAGUGAGAAAGAGAUCAUCUGAGCGAGAGUACUGCUCCUCGUCAUCGCACGAUAGCUUCGCUCAGGACUCUCCUGGUCGGCCUGCUAGUGUCGUGACAGCGCACGAGCAGUCGCGCGAUGUUGAUAAGUCACUUGCAAACUCACGCAAUGGUUCCCAUACCAACUCGCAUGACGGUUCAAAUGAUCUAUUAAUGACUUCUUGUGAUCCAAAAUUACUUCGCAAAGCUAAGUCAGAGCUAUCUCCCUAUCCGGAUGCUGAAAUGGAAGGACCUAAGCCUUACCGGAAACUUUCUCUAACUCCAAACCUUCCCCGGCUUGAACAGAGGACCUCUCUUAAUAAUCACCCCCUCAAAAAACAUACACACAAACUGUCAACAUCAGAAGAAUCUGACCUGUUUGUGGAUUCAGAUCUGAACAUAUACCCCGGUGCCACUUCACCUGCUCCGUCAACUCAGAUGAAUGUUCUAGGAAUUGUGCCCAGAAUCGUUACACAAUCACCAUCACUAUCACCCUCUGACACAAGCGAGCCAAAGAAGAUUCUAGACUCUCAAUCUACAAGCUCUACAAGCUCACUGAAGUCGAAAGGCUCGGCGAACAGCGGGAGUAGAGUCAAGUUUGACCCAGAAACCUCAUCUGUCUCCUCAUCCUCUUCGCAGAUUCCAAACGGAGUACCUCCUAAUGUGCUUCAAGGUGUUCAGCAGACCAGUUCUCCGAAUCUUAGACUUAAUCGCCGUACCUCCAUAUCUCAGUCAUCUCCCAGCCUUUCUGGCGGUAGCAAGUUGAUUGAAGGGGAGAAACGGUUCAGGACAUUUUCGGAGGGGGCGACUAGAACAACUAGUCCCGAUACCGAGGCUCUGUCCGAACCUGACAGUGAUAAACUUCCAGAACUCUCUGUCACCGACAAGCGCAAAUCGUUUGCCUUCAAGAAUCAGAAACGUAAGCCGAAUCUGCUGACCCCUAAGGUUCUGACUGAUAUUGGUGAGAGAAGUGACAACUCGGACCAGUCAUUUGAUUAUGGAGAUACACAAGGGGUAUCCAGCCCAGAAUCUAAACCAGCUAUUGGAGGUGAUGGAGCUGUUAACUCGGAGGCGAUGUUCCGAUCGAAGGGUAAAGAGGAGAGCUCUAUUGAGAUCUACAUUCUGCGACUCACUGUUAAGACUGCUUCAGAGUUGCCACUUCUUGAAUCGUUUGUCAAGGUAAAAGUAGGGAGUAUCCACAAGAAAACAUCGGUAUGUAAAUCAGAGGAGGGGUCUUGUACUUGGGGCUCUACUCUCGAGUACUAUGUUAAUAACACAGAGCUCUCAGCUCAUAUCCAGAUAUGCGACAAAGAUGCGUUCCAAGAGGCGUACGGUCAAGGGACAGUGGAUAUGAGCUCGCACCCUCUGGAUACAGAGAAACAGCACAAACUUCGACUGAGAGGACCCAACGGGAGCAAAGUUCAAACCAGUCUACUGUUAUCUACUGUGCUUGAGAGAACUGAUAAGAGUACAGCCACUAAACUCAUGAAAAAGCGAGCUAAAUCCUUUAGUAAGAAAGACUUCAAACGAUCAUUGUUGAAGGCUAGAACUUCAAUGUCACAGCUUAGAGACAAGACUAUGGAUGGCUUGUCAAAUUCUUCAAACCAUCAAUCAGAAUCUCAGUCUAUGUACUCUGGAUCAAUCCAAAGCUUAGACCAUAGUUCUGCUGUGGAAACAAUAUCUCACAAUGGAGCUUCUUCUGGGUCUUUUAACGAAUCCUCUGAUGUCAAACAGACAAACAUUGAUCAAGAACCGCCUAAGUUUAGGUUGCAUAUUCAGUUUUACGAGUGCGCAAAUUUAUGCGGCAAAGGAUCUAAGCAGUUUUCAGAUACCUUCGUCAAACUGAAGAUUGGGGAACAGGAGUUUAAAACGAGAACAGUUAAGAAGGACGCAAAUCCUAAAUUCAAUGAAACGUUCGAGUUUGAUCUUUUUGAUUUGACUGAACCUCUUCGAGUCAGAGUUUACCAGAUAAGUCGGCUAUUUGACGAGAUUUUGGGGACCUCAAAGAUCCGCCUAUCAGUUUUACCAUUUGACACAGAUCUGAACAUCAACGAGUUCCCCGUGAUAACUGACGAGGCACGUUUUAAAUGUCAUAACCCUACAAUAUCACUCGGUAUUAAACUCUCCUGUUUGGCUAGUAAAGUGGUUCAGCAGCCCAGUGUACAGCCGGCUUAUAGAAGAGAUAGUACUCAGCCUCCAGCAGUGGAACAAGAUUCUAGUUCACUCUACAGAGUCUACAUCAAUAUGUUCCGCGGAGUCGACCUGCUCGCAUUUGAUGAUACCGGAACUUCUGAUCCCUAUGUAUUGCUCCGUAUCGGCUCCAUCCAACAUCAAACAGACGUUAUCUACCACAGUUUAGCUCCUACCUGGAACGAGAAUUUCAUGUUUAGUAUCAACUCCCUGGAUAAGGAAAUGUAUCUGACAGUUGUUGAUAAAGAUCCUGAGUUUGAUGAUAUGAUGGCUAACUUCAGAGCACAUCUCAGUAACAUUCCUCUCCAGACACGCUGUGAGUUCGAGAUAGACCUAGAGAACGACUCAGGACGACUUGAGUUCAGUGUUCUGAUACAACGGGCUGAAGAUCCAGUUAUCGCGUCUAUACCUUAUGUUGGGUACUGUGCUGUCCCUAUUGCUACUCUAGAGAUCAAACCCAUCGGACUAGCUCAGCUCGAGAAGAACCAAGUUAGGCAGAACUACCGUUUGGAAGUGUGUAUCGGCAAAGAAACGUACAGUAUAUUCUACGAGGGACCCGGACAAGGGUCCUGGAGCGGCAUUGAUAUUUACGACACUUAUUUAGAGAGUGUCACGUUCAACCUCUACAUGGUGCAGUUCGGACUGCAGGAGAAGCUGAUGGCCAGUAUCGAAGAGGACAUUGGUAGUACCACUUCCUCCUCCAACUGUCACGUGACAUUGGACAUUCCUGAGAUCAGCAACAUGUUUCUUCUCUGCUUUAACUUGAAAUAUACCUCUUAUGCAACAGGUUCCUGUUUGAGCCCGGUUGAGUACGAUGAAGAGAAGAGUUUUGAGGAGAUGACAUUUGAUGAGCUGGGAGAUGCGCUGUCCUGCCCGUACAACUACGCUCUCUGUAUUGACUCGCUAGUCUUCGAGAGCAACGGAGCAUUUGGGAACGACAAACUAGUCGCUGUUGUUGACACGGAAAGAGUAAGCCUGAAGUCGGAGCCGAGCAGUGUUUCUGAUAACGACAUGCAUUGUGGCUUCAUAUUCCGACUAGAGCAUCUCCCCCGAACCGUUACCCUGAAACUCUUCAAGAGAACUAGCAACUUCUCAACUUACAUGGGGAGUGCUGACUUUAGUAUCACCAGUGGAUCUGAGGGUGUAUUGAGGGGAGAUAUGGUGCUGGAGACUGAUAGUUCUACUAUAAAACUAGCUCUCAUAUUCGAUGUUAUUCAGCAUCUGCACCAGGAUAUAAUCAACACGAUGACAACACCAAGUCUCCCGAUUUUGAAGCCUGACGCGGACGAAUUGGCUCUUCUUAAUAACUUUAAGAAGUUAACUUAUUGCUACAUAACUCUUCAGAUAUUUCUUAGACACACCACUAGUAUUAGGAGAAUGGGAACUUACAAGAAGAUACUCUUAUUCCUGAUCUCACUGUUCUGCGUUGUCAACGUUCCUGCAGAAUAUACUGAACUUACCCUUCCAGUUUUUAUCUCGUUGUUUAUUGUUAUAGUCAGUUUUAGAUUAGUCUGGAAACGGAAGCACUUAUCAGAAAUGAGACUUGCACUCUUGGAAGAAAUCAAUACGUGUAAUGUUGAUGAAUCCAUAUUUGUCAGAACUUGCGAUAAAACUGUUUCUAAGGUCAACGAUUGUAUGCAGAAGAUAAUUUACGUUUACUCGUGGAAUAGUCCAGUGGCAAGUACGAUAUUCCUGAUCAAGCUAAUAGCCCUAGCUUCCUUAUUUAUUCUACUUCCGGAACAGCUGUGUUUCCUCAUAUCCCUCAUCAUCCUCUUGUCUCAUCGAACUCCAAUCGAUUUCUUUGUAAACGAAAUUGUAAAUUUAGCCAAUCCGUUGAACGGAGUUCCUAAUAAUAUCUGCUCUUAAAUUUGAAUCAAAAUUUUAUAUUCUUGAAGAUUUCAGAACUGUAAAUUGUAAUGUUAAAUGUAUGUACAUAUUUUUAUGGUGUUACUGAAGGAUGGACACAUUGGUUUAUGGUUCAUCAUUCGUGGUUAAAGCUAAACUAUAAACUGUAGAAGAAUUGUUUAGGUUUGUCUUUUUGAUUAUUUAUUAUUGAAUUUGACG